AAAACAGAAAAAGAAAAUGGAAAGAAAAAGGACAGAAGAACCGAACAUGUUAAAAAAGACAUGCAGGCACCCAAACAUUAUCUCCCUCGUACCGCGUAAAUCUUUAAGACAGCCCAACACAAUUAACAAGAUUCCACUUUUGGAUUUACAUACUUAGAUUCUCUCAUUCUCGUUUCUACUACUUUUCGGCCUUUAAACUCUGCGUUUCCUUUCCCCUCAUCGAAUCUGAUCAUCACCCAUUUCAAUGGCGACAACCCCUGUUAUCUUCAGAGUCUCACAAGACGGUUCCGGUGACUUCCGUACAGUUCAGGAGGCAAUUGACUCUGUUCCUCUUUCGAACACUCGUCGAACUCUGAUUCGUCUUUCACCGGGGAUUUAUCGACAGCCUGUGUACGUACCCAAGACCAAGAACUUCAUCACCAUCGCUGGUCUCUGCCCGGAGGACACUGUUCUGACUUGGAAUAACACCGCCACCAAAAUCGAACACCACCAGGGUUCUCGUGUGAUUGGUACUGGGACUUUUGGGUGUGGCAGCAUUAUUGUUGAAGGCGAGGACUUUAUUGCUGAAAAUGUCACUUUUGAGAACUCUUCUCCUGAGGGUUCAGGUCAAGCUGUGGCGAUUAGAGUGACAGCUGACAGAUGUGCCUUCUACAAUUGCAGAUUCCUUGGAUGGCAGGAUACUCUGUACUUGCAUUAUGGAAAGCAGUAUCUCAAAGAUUGUUACAUUGAAGGAAGUGUGGAUUUCAUAUUUGGGAAUAGCACUGCCCUUUUGGAGCAUUGUCAUAUACAUUGCAAGGCAGCUGGCUUCAUAACUGCUCAGAGUAGGAAGUCCUCUCAAGAAGAAACUGGUUAUGUGUUCUUGAGAUGUGUGAUCACUGGCAAUGGAGGAACUCCGUAUGCAUAUCUAGGACGGCCAUGGGGACCUUUCGGAAGAGUUGUUUUUGCCUAUACAUAUAUGGAUGGAUGUGUCAAACAUGUCGGGUGGCAUAACUGGAAUAAAGUAGAGAAUGAAAGAAGUGCUUGCUUUUACGAGUACAGGUGUUUCGGACCUGGUAGUUGCCCUCCAAAGCGAGUGACAUGGUGUAGAGAGCUAAUGGACGAUGAAGCAGGACAGUUCCUUAUGCACUCAUUCAUUGAUCCAAAUGCAGAAAGGCCUUGGCUUGCACAAAGAAUGGCGUUGAGGAUACCAUAUUCGGCUUAAAUGUUUCAACCGAGGAUGGAUAGAACCGAUGCUAUUGAAUGAAAGCUUGUCUUUAUAGAGUGUGAAUAAUAUGUUCUCUCAACUUUGGGAGCCCUUUUUAUACAUGAAAGCUCCCUUUAGCACUUGGAACAUAGAAAUAUGUUGGUAAUGUUUAAAAUAAUGCUUUCAAUCUUACUACUUAAAUAAUGAUUAAUGAGGCAACUAUUGUUUGUUUUGUUA